AUCGCUUUUUUUGUUUUCUUUUUCCUACUUCCCCCUCCCCUUCGCUCUAAUCUCGUCUCGUUGGUGUGCAAGAUCAUCCGAAGCCGCGGAAGCGGGGCUGCAACAACGAUCUAUUCUAUUGGACGUAGUUCAUUAGUAGUAGUUUCCUUCACGAGAAUCGGCGAGUGCGCGGACGGGGAUUAAUUUUCAGGGGGAGUAGCGGCUGGACUUUUAGGUUAGGACGCGAUCGUUGGAGAAUGCAUCACUCUGGAAAACUGUCGGGUGAAAGUGCGCGUCGUCGGGGAUUCCGACAGAGCGAAGGCCGCUCUCGAGCGCCUUGAAGCGAGCGAACGGUUCGGGAAAUCCGUCCCGAAUAAGAAGCUUCAUCGCGAGUGGUUUCUCUUCGAUUUUCCUCCGACGAUCCUCGACGAUCGCUGACGAUCCUGGACAGAGAAAGAUGAUAAAAGCGAGAUCCGUUGAGUGUUGGAUAUCUGAGUGAGUAAGGAAGCACCGCAAUUAUCAUGGCAGAUGACGAGGGUACAGAGUGGCUUCAGGAGCUAUUGCUUGACGUGCAGCUUUCUCAGUUCUUCACGCGUAUACGGGAUGACCUACAGGUCACUCGGUUGCAUCACUUUGAUUAUGUUCAAUCGGAAGACCUGGAGAAGAUUGGUCUGGGUAAACCAGGCAUCAGACGCCUACUGGACGCGGUAAAGAAGAGACGGAGCGCUCAAUGGAAGAAAACUCUCAUCACCAAAAUUAAACCUGGCAGUAGCAGUAAGAGCAGCAAGCGAGCCUCGCAGCCCAUCGAGACUUCCUCAGCCCUGACCUGUCUCAUACAGGAUAAAGAUGUGGUAUUGUCUGUUAAAUUGGGCGAUGGAAGCUUCGGUGUUGUUAGAAGAGGAGAAUGGACUUCCCCCUCUGGACGAACUCUACCUGUCGCCGUGAAGGUCCUGAAGGCGGACGCUCUCACGCAACCAAGUGUCAUGGAAGACUUCGUGUCUGAAGUUCAGGCGAUGCACACCUUGGAUCAUCAUAAUCUCAUUAGACUAUACGGUGUGGUGUUGUCUCAGCCGAUGAUGAUGGUGACCGAGCUCGCCCCUUUAGGUGCACUGCUUGAUCACUUGCGGCAGCAAUGCGGCAGAAUUUCAAUUCUCACUCUCUGCAAUUAUGCGUUGCAAGUCGCUACAGGUAUGGCGUACUUGGAGGCGAAGCGUUUCUUACAUCGCGACCUGGCGUGUAGAAACGUCUUGUUGAGCUCGAUUGACAAAGUUAAGAUCGGUGAUUUUGGAUUGAUGAGAGCGCUCCCUCAAGAGGAAGAUUGCUACGUCAUGACCGAACAUAAGAAAGUGCCUUUUCCUUGGUGCGCUCCAGAGUCUCUCAAGGCUCGACAAUUUAGUCACGCGUCGGAUGUCUGGAUGUUCGGUGUGACGUUGUGGGAAAUGUUGACAUUUGGUGAGGAGCCCUGGCUGGGCCUAAACGGUUCCGAAAUACUGCGGAAGAUUGAUCGUGAAGGUGAGCGGCUGCACGAGCCGGAAGCGACACCUCCAUACAUGUACGAAUUGAUGCUCCGUUGCUGGGCGAGAGAACCUUCGGAGAGGCCAACAUUCGCCUCGUUGAAGGAAUCAUUGACCAGCAUGGUGCCGUCCGUGAUGAAGGCUGUGACCGCCUUCGACAAUGUCGAAGGAAAAAUGUCUAUUGAGCCAGGAGACCAAAUCGUAAUUAUUGAUGGGCGUCCGGAGAACUACUGGUGGAAGGGCCAGAACCAGCGAACCUUUCAAGUGGCGCACUUUCCACGCUGCCUGGUCGAUCCGAUGCGCCGAAAACAACCGGGGGACAUCAGCAAGCCACUGGAAAAUUCGUUCAUCCAUACGGGACAUGGUGCACCUUUUGGCAAGAGCUGGGGUAGCCCCGGGUACAUCGACGAUGUAUACUUGAGGAACCCGAUGGAUCCUCCAGACGUGUUGAUGGCGACCGCAGACAAUCAGACGAAAAAGAGAUUUUCUUAUGGUACACCACGCACCAGAAAGCAAUUUAAUUAUAUGAAACUGCGCAACGAUAUUCGAUCGAGUCCAGUCAAAAUUUCACAAUCAGCGUCGACCUCGAGCGUUAGCCAGGAGGACAAUCUGAUUGACUUGUCCGCCGAGGAGUUGGCGAGUACGAGUGGACAUGAAGAAGUCGCAUGCAGGCGAGUGGUCAAUAUUCUAGAUGAACCAAUCGACGGCGAGAAAUUUUCCUGGCAGGACGAGGAGAGCAGAACGUACGCAAACUUUCCCGGUAAUGUGGAUCCCGCGUAUUCUGAUCCCUUUGAUACGUCUGCUGUGUUCAUGAAGCCACCACAUUCGCGAUAUUAUAGUCAUGUACCCACUGAAGUCGCCAGUCGCUAUCUGAAGACGCAGAUGUAUGGAAAUGUGGACAAUCAAGAGGCAGGAGAUCACGCUCAAGGCACGAGUUUCGUUGCUGAUUCUGCUAAUACAGAGGAAGCUCGUCAAUACUCAGUGAAUCUGAAUAAGGAGUGUCGACAGGACGCAGUAAACCUGAACGUGAAUACGAAUGCGGAAGGUGAUGAUGUGAGUCAUUAUAGUGAGAUAGAUAAGAUUAGCCCUCGCGGAUCGAGCUGGUCUACCUGGCCGGAGGAUCUACGAAAUUCUUCUGCCGCGCAGACCUAUGUCAACGUUUCCGGCGUUGAAGAAUCUACAUCGUCAUUUGUCGCCCCUAUUCCCCCGCCUCCUCCCUCCAUUGGACCAAACACGAGUCCGUCCAAGCCAAAAUCCAAUUGCGAGCUUGCACGGAAUAUGAACGAGUUAUCGCUAAAUUCCAACUCUAGUGCCAAUGUCGCAAAAAAGUUGGAUCCCGGCUUUUUGGCCGAAUUAGAGAAGCACUUGGGCGAAAAGGAGGCUACAAAAAACACGAAUUCUGCCAAUAGUGAAGAAAACCAGGAACUGGAAGGCGCGAGUUAUUUGCGCUCAUCGCAGGACAAGUUGCGACAAGGUUCGACAUCGAUCCAACAACUCUCAACUGUAGAAGAUGCCACCAAAUCUUUGUCGGUCAUUCCAGUGUUGAAAUCUCCGCCACACAAGAAAUCAAAAUCACCGAUAACGACGAUAGAUCGUCGAGCAUCUUUCUCGUCAACGUCUACUAGCAAAGUACAAAAUUCUUGGCAGUCAAAAAGUACGAACAUUCAAAGACCGCGUCCUCAGGAUGAGCAACGUAUGUCAGAAUCGACCACUGACGUCAUAGUGAGUCAAAUUUGGCAGCAAACGCAGACUCUAUCGCAGCAGCAGCAAAAUAUCUGUCUAACCGAUUUGGCUACUGGAUGUCAGACAUUAACUCCUGUUCCAGUGGCUCAAGGAAACGCUAAAUUUCAAGAAACCGCUGGCAAUAUUGCCAGCGGUGCGAGCAAUCACGAUCAACAUGGUCCUUGCAAUGUCGCCAAGGCCAUCUUCACUCAGUCGCAAGCCGGCUCAUCGAAUCAGAAUCAUUCUCCGAAUACGACGCAUGUCAAUCAAGGCAAUAUCAACCUGCUUCACGAAGCUGCCAGCAACAUUGCUGGUAGUAGCACAAGCGAGGCUCAACAUGGUCCCUGCAAUGUUGCCAAGGCUACAUUUAAUCAAGCUCAAAUUUGCUCAGCAAAUACUGAGAAUUAUUUUCAAAAUCCAUCGACCCUUGAUCAUGGCGUUUUCAAUUUACUGCAGGUUGCUAACAGCGUCACGAACGAUUCUCAGUAUAAUGUCGCAAACACUUCUAAAGCGAGCUUGAAUCAGAUGCAAGCUUGUUCGUCAACCAGUAGCCAGAAUUAUAAUACAUCGGGCGCUGCUCUUAGUUUGCUUCAAACUGCCAAUCAUGUUUCUGGUGCGAGUGCAAGCGAACCCUCUCCAUAUGGAUCUUGCAAUAUCUCCAAAGCCGCUUCCACUAAUCAAGCUCAAGCUUGUUCGACAAUGAGUCAGAACUACUCGCAAAAUCAGAGCAGUUUUGGUUUGCAUCAAAUUUGUCCUCAGAAUGUGCCAAUGUCGUCUGGUGCGAGUAAUGUCCACAAGAUUGCUCACAUACAGAAUGAUUUGCAACACCUGAAGCCUGCUACACUUUUAUCCGAACAAGUAUACGCUGAAUUGAAACAAACGGUACCUAAUCUGGAACAGCUGUCUCAGAACGAAUUCAAUACUCUCUAUAAUAAGACUGUUCAACAGAAUAUAUUGCGAAAUUACUAUUCUAAUAAUCUGAGCGGAGACCCGGGCCAAAAAAACGCUCAGGAAAUCACUAGCAAUCAACAGCAACAAAAGACUAUGAUUGGCAGAAAUCAAUCUGCCCAGGGACACUCUUGUGACUUUAGUCCUUAUCUAAAACAGCCGCCAGUUUAUAACCCACCUCCUCCUCCGAUCUGGAGCUCGCUCAAUUCCGGUCAAAAUGGUUACACGCAGAAUCAUUAUUCUACAGCCAAGUGCAACUUGAGCGGACCAUCCAAUCUGCUGCAAACUGAAACCUCUUCUUUAGCAAGAAAUAUAUCUGGAUCAGCAACAGCGAACGACUUGGCCGCCGUCAAAGUGAACCUGUUGCAAGUCAAUCAACACCAAACCGGUACUAGUCCUCCGCUCACUGCAGCCUCCCAGCAAUUGGUAAUGUCGUUAAGCGACGAGUUUCGAGCGAGCAGGAUCAUGAAGGUGCAAAAGGAGGCUGCGGACGCGUCGCAGCAGGAGGUACUGGCCGCGCUACAGGCGACCGGCUGGGACACGAAUCAAGCUGCUAAACAGAUCGCAAAAGAUAGACAGGCGAAGGUUGAAAGUCUCGUGAGGUUGGGCUUGGCUAAUAAACAACAAUGCGAAAACGCUCUGAAGCAAACAAAAUAUGAUGUAGAAAUGGCAGCUUCAUUAUUGCUCGAUCAGGUCAGAUGAGAAAUAACCACGGUCAAUAAUUCAAAACUUCCUGUGACAUAGUUGUAACGUUGCUAAAACCUUACGUUUAUUUAUAAACAAAAGCGAUAGACAAAAAUUUCGUUUGGGAAACAAUUACAGCGAUCUGUCUGAGAUUUCGCGGAUUUUUUUGUCGAGCUUUUGCAUUCCAUUCUAUGGCACAAUUUAAUGCUAAACAUGACUGAUGCUUACUAUUUGGACGGUGUAAAAACAGAAUUAUUGUGCAUAAUCGAUAGGUGAUAAAAAUAUUACUAGUGUGACAUUAUUCUUAAUACGUAACAAGUAUAAAUCUGAAACUGUGAUAUAUUGUUCAUCUUUAUCUGGACGUACAAUUAUGAUGUUAAUGAACUUUUAGACAGUGAAGAUAAGAAACUUUAUUUAUAACAGAUGUUAUUGAAAAAAAAUUGAGAUUAUUAAAUUAAAUAAUAUUUAGUUUACAUAUACAAGAUAAAUCAACAGCAAUUAACAUUUUUAAUAUCUUCGAAAAUGAACAAAUAAGAAGAUUUGUCAAACAAAAAUUACAUAUAUAACAUAAACAUGAGAAUCAUUAUGACACUCUUUGAAAUUUGUUUGACAAAUUUUUUUUCUAUUUGCAUAAUUAUAAAGAUAAUAUGCUAAUUGCUAUCAGUUUAUCCUGUCUGUAUAUGUAUUUCCGUGUGCGAAUUGUAUGUGUGGGUAACAAUUAGUGGCAAAUCUACAUUUAUCUCGAUUUAUCACAACCAUAGAAACGGGUAUAAUCAAAAAUUUUAUUUCGAUUACAUAUAAAAAAAUACGAGUAUAUACUCUCUCUUUAUGUUACAUGUAAAAAAU